AUGCUGAAUGGUAGGGGACCCCGUGUCAAACGGGCUCUCACAGAAACGGAUUCGAAAGACGCCCCGCCCAAAUUUGUUGCCUAUGAGGACUAUCGUGCCCUGUAUGACCAUGUCCUCAAGUUGACUCGUCAAGUCAAUGAACUUCAAGCGUGUCUCAUGGAAACCUGCUCCACUAAAGUAAGUGAACGUCUCUCUAGUGCCUGCCCUAUGGCGCAGGACCCCCCAGCUAUCGGGGAACCUGUCUUCUGCCAUUCAAACAACGACGUCUUCUCUUUUCCCUCCGCGAAUGGCGAUGAGAGCCGUCCAACAAGUUAUGCCGAAAUCUCUUCUAAAAACCUGCCAAAGCCGCUCUCUACGCUUUCCAUUGCGCAAGAAGCAGCCAAAAUGCUGGACAAAGCGACCCGCGCCGUCAUCGAGAGAUUCCCGGACUCAAAGGACGAUCCGGAACAAGAGAAACGUGACUUGGAAUUCUUCUCAACAUUCAGCGCAAAGCACGGACUGCCAUCUCCAUCUCAAGCCCACCGCCAUCCGUCUAAAACGGCAUGUCGGCCUCUCAAGUUGCAGUUUGCAUCGAAUUCUGACAGAGAUAAAUUUCUGAAUGGAUUUUUCAAAGCCAAGAACGCGGAUCCGUCACUCUCUUCUAUCCAGAGCCGACCAAGAGCUAGAAGAGAUCUUACGAGAGAGGAACUGAAGAAAUUGUACGAGUCUCGCAAGUUUGUCUACGACAACAACUUGAAAGAAAAAUCAUCCAAGUUCAUCAUGGUCGACAUUGAGUAUAAACUCAACAAAAAUCCUCGCCCUUUUCUCUAA